CAUAGUUGUUGCUGGAUGCUUUGGCUGCAUUCAACGUGUCCCUGAAGUUUGAAGGGCCACAAGGGACUCUCCACAGCCCUCCAAUUGCAACUGCCCCUUCAUCUCAACCUGGUUACCCUCUGAGCACCUGGCACUUUGGUCUGGCAAUUUUUGGCCCUCAUCAUCGUCCUGAGGCCACAUACUGUCACAACUUGACCACCCACUCCUCAACCCUGAACUCUGAACUCUCGAGCCUCAGCACAUCCCAUUUCCCAUAGCUUGAUAUUUCUCUUUGCUGGAUCUCAACCACAUCCCCUGACCUGCAUACUUCAUUCACUCAACCGUUGAAUCAUCUACUGUAAGUGCAAUAAUAUCCCCCGAACCCCCUGCUGCCCUCUUACCCCACGGCAAGAAGACUCUCGACACCGCAGUCUAUCACAGGAUUACAUUGUCUUUAUUGUUCUCUCGUUUUUCUACUCAAUCCUCAUUCAUGGGCUUACCCGUUCGACAGGAGUCUCCUCCCACCAUGCCUUCCGCAACUCAGGGUGCUUCAAACGGAGUGCCAACCAUCGACCUCCCCGAUGGUGCUUCGACUCCAGGAUCAGAGACUCCUUUCUCUGCCAACGACAACAUCCGUCGUUUUGAGCCUCCUUCAAGGGUCCCAAGUCCCGCACAGAACAAUCUCUUUCAUAACAAGACUAGAUGCUUUGUCUACGGUAUGCAGCCAAAGGCUGUCCAAGGCAUGCUCGAUUUCGACUUCAUCUGCAAGAGAACUACUCCCUCAGUGGCCGGUAUCAUCUACACCUUUGGCGGUCAAUUCGUCAGCAAGAUGUACUGGGGAACCACCGAGACCUUGAUCCCUGUCUACCAAUCCGUCGAGAAGGCCUUUGAGAAGCAUCCUGACGUUGACACCAUCGUCAACUUUGCCUCUUCUCGAUCUGUCUACAGCUCCACUCUGGAACUGAUGAACGUGCCUCAAGUUCGUUCAAUCGCCAUCAUCGCCGAAGGUGUUCCUGAGCGACGUGCUCGUGAGCUGAUGGUCAAGUCGAAAGAGAAGGGAAUCACAAUUAUUGGCCCUGCCACCGUUGGUGGCAUCAAGCCUGGCGCGUACAAAAUCGGAAACACUGGUGGCAUGAUGGACAACAUUGUGGCCUCCAAGUUGUACCGCAAGGGUUCUGUUGGCUACGUCUCCAAGUCCGGUGGCAUGUCCAACGAACUCAACAACAUCAUCUCCCAAACCACCGAUGGUGUUUACGAGGGUAUUGCUAUUGGAGGUGAUCGAUACCCCGGUACUUCAUUCAUUGACCACAUUAUGCGCUACCAAGCCGAGCCCGAGUGCAAAAUCAUUCUCUUGCUCGGUGAGGUUGGUGGUGUGGAGGAAUACCGCGUUAUUGAGGCUGUAAAGAACGGCCAAAUCACCAAGCCCAUUGUUGCAUGGGCAAUUGGUACCUGUGCCAGCAUGUUCAAGACUGAAGUUCAGUUCGGUCACGCAGGCGCAUCAGCCAACUCUCAGUUGGAGACGGCUGUUGUCAAGAACUCGUCAAUGAGAGAGGCCGGAUUCUUUGUUCCAGAGACCUUUGAAGACCUGCCACAGAUCCUCAGCGAAGUCUACCAGAAGCUCGUUAAGCAGGGCACCAUCAAGCCUGCCAAAGAACCCGUCGUUCCCAAGAUCCCUCUCGACUAUGCUUGGGCUCAAGAAUUGGGUCUUAUCCGAAAGCCCGCUGCCUUUAUCUCCACCAUCUCCGACGACAGAGGUCAAGAGUUGCUGUAUGCAGGCAUGCCAAUUUCGGAUGUGUUCAAGGAGGACAUUGGUAUCGGAGGUGUCAUGUCGCUCCUUUGGUUCCGUCGAAGACUGCCACCGCAAGCCAGCAAGUUCUUGGAAAUGAUCCUCAUGUUGACUGCCGACCACGGUCCAGCUGUGUCUGGUGCCAUGAACACCAUUAUUACCACUCGUGCCGGCAAAGAUCUGAUCUCCUCUCUCGUUGCUGGUCUCCUGACUAUCGGUUCUCGUUUCGGUGGUGCUCUCGAUGGUGCUGCUGAGGAGUUCUCCAAGGCUUUCGACAAGGGCUGGUCGCCGAGAGAAUUCGUUGACACAAUGAGAAAGGAAAACAAGCUGAUUCCCGGCAUUGGUCACCGCGUCAAGUCACGAAACAACCCCGAUCUCCGUGUCGAGCUUGUGAAGGAAUUCGUCACCAAGAACUUUGCUUCUCACAAGCUUCUCGAUUACGCUAUUGCUGUUGAGACGGUUACCACUUCCAAGAAGGACAACCUGAUUCUCAACGUCGAUGGUGCCAUCGCCGUCAGCUUCGUUGAUUUGCUCCGAAACAGUGGUGCCUUUUCUCCCGAGGAGGCUGAGGACUAUCUGAGAAUGGGAGUCUUGAACGGUCUUUUCGUCUUGGGUCGCUCUAUUGGUUUGAUUGCGCAUUUCUUGGAUCAGAAGCGUCUCCGCACUGGGCUGUACCGUCAUCCUUGGGAUGAUAUCACCUACCUGCUCCCCACCUUGGGCAAGGGUGGUGAGGGUCGUGUUGAGGUCAGUGUAUAAACACGUCGGAUGCUGUGGGAUGUAUUUCAAGCGUAAGGCAAUCGAGUGAUGCAAUUCAUGAGGUUGGCGUUCAGUCUCCUGUGGGCGGAUGGGUAGAAAUAAGGACGUGAAGAUUUACGACAGACUUUUGUCGUUGGUGGGAAAAAAGAGAUGUCCUCGCCAUGUUGCGAGUUUCGUGUACAGCGAUACGGCUUUGCACAUGAUGUUAGCACGGUAUGAGUAAUAAAGCAUUGCAAAACGAUCAAUUCGACGGAAUGUGUACAAGAGAAGUUUACAUUCCAUAUUGUCAGCAGGCAUUCGUUUG